AUGUAUCCAAAUACACACACUACAUUAUGGCAACAUAGACAAACAAGUUUUCCGAAAACGUCCUGUCUUAUCAUUAACUCACGUGAUAUUACUUUGCGUUCGCCAUCCGUUCGACUUCUACAUCAAAGUACUGUUGAUUCGUUUAGAACAACAACUAAAGAUUACACAGACAGCCUAACUAUUACUUUAUUAUCUCAUCUUCGGUCUUUGUUGAUUACAUCAUCUUAUAUAUCAACCAUCUCAUUUGAUUGUUGUCGUCUUCCUGUAUUCAUCAUUCAAUACUAUCAACCAUGCACGAUGAAAAGCUAUGAGUCGACAUUGGCGUUUUCCAACAGUCGUCGAAACGGCGAUCGACUGUCGCCGAAUUUUCAGCCGUCAGUUUACUCAAGACGUACAUCGAUACUUAUUUCAUGUUUAUCAUUGUUUUCACUGGUUUCAUCGGUUGCUGCGGUUCAAAUUGUUAAUCAACAACGAAUUCCAUCUUCGAUUUCUUCUCUCACACACAAUGAAACAUCAGCAACGGCAUCGUUCGAACAUUCUCGACGACGCGUACAAUUUACAAAUCUUCUAUCAUCAUUUUCCACAGCAGCAACAGCAACCACGGCGAUGACAAUCAAUAAUGAACUGAUGAAUUUAACGAAUUCGUCACAAAUCGUCAUCCAUGACAGACGAAGUCCUAUUAUUAUAGUUAUCAUUUGUAUUGUUUGUUCUCUAAUGUGUGGUUUAACGAUAAUUGGCAAUCUUGUUGUUAUUCUUUCUGUUUGUAUCGUACGAAAAUUACAAACAGCUUCGAAUAUUCUCAUUGUUAGUCUGGCUGUUAGUGACAUUUUCGUUGGUUUGUUCAUAAUGCCAUUGGCGAUGGUGCUCGAGUUAAGUAACGGUUGGAUACUAGGUUCAAUUAUGUGCGAUAUAUGGACAUCGACGGAUGUUCUUCUAUGUACUUCAUCGAUAUUAAACUUUCUUGUCAUUUCAAUUGAUCGAUACUUUAUUAUAAAUCAUCCAUUUAAAUAUGCACCUAUGCGUAAAGUUAAAUUAUUAUCAUUCAUGAUCGCUGCUGUCUGGAUACUCAGUGCACUUGUUUCCUUGCCGCCUAUUUUAGGAUGGGGACGUCCAUCAGAGAAUCUUCCGAUAUGUGAAGUCAAUCCAAAAUUAGAAUAUCAAAUAUUUGCAACAAUGCUUUCAUUUUACAUUCCCCUCAUUGUUGUACUGAUUAUUUAUGCGAAUAUUUAUCGAACAGCUCAAACGGCAAUGGAUACUCGAUCGAGUGUUCAAAUGUCUCAAUUCUUGACUCAAAAUGCUUCCUCAGCUAACUUUGCUCAAGUAACUAGUGGAUCAUCGAAACAGCACUUGAACGGAGAAAGUCAUUCGGCGCCGCAAUUGUAUUUAAGUGUAUCGAAUGCCAGUCAGAACGAUGAGAACUGUACAGCACCUGGUGGAAAGCGAUCUAUUAAACGUUCAGGAAAUAGUCCCCAACAAUCAAAAACAUCAAAUUUCUUAUCUCCGACGGGAUGUCUAGGUCGUCGAAUCAGCACACCAUUUAAUGGUCGAUUAUCAAUAUUCGUCUCUCGACGCACGACGUUUUUUCGUCAUGUGCAUUUGCCUAACCAAAAAGCCAUUCGCACACUCGGCGUCAUUCUGGGUACAUUUAUUGUUUGUUGGCUUCCAUUUAUGUCGUUUGCAAUAAUCAAACCGUUAUACGAACGUAUAACGAGCUUGACAAGCACAGCGCGACCAUUGAAUGCUCCUCGAUGGGUCGAUUCAGUUCUACUUUGGAUUGGAUAUUUGUCAUCGAUGUUGAAUCCAAUCAUUUAUUCCAAAUUCAAUCGAGAAUUUCGAACGCCGUUUCGAGAAAUCAUCUGUUGUCGUUGUCGAGGCUUAAACGAGAAAAUUCGUCGACAAGAUUAUUUAGAAAAUCUCUAUGGAGACAACCAUUUACAACCACCCAUGCCAGGUCAUCUGGUAACAUCUACACGAAACAGCAGCAAUCCAGAGCCAGCAGCCGUGUGA